UCGGGCCGCGUACAAGGCGUGCACGUUGCCGUCAUUCGCUGCCGCCGCCGCUGCCGUAAUCACCGUCGUCACCGGCUACUUCCUCCGUCCGUCGUUUUCGCGUCUACCGACGCCGCUUCCGGUGGUCCGCUGCACCCGCGACACACGGUCUCUCACCGUGCCACCGCGUCACGCGAUUUCUUAGAUCCCGCAACAGGUAUCCGCCGCGCUCCAAACACCCAUCGUCGUCGUCGUCUCGUACCUUUCCGCCCGCACAUGGUACGCCGCUCAACCGUCCUCCACCCGCCGGGUCACGUGCACGCGCGCCGACGAUGAUGUGCUAAUGACUGGAUGUCACGCGAAUCGCUCAGCACGCCGCCACCGCCGCCGCCGUCGCGUUCAAACCCGUCCGACUAAAUGGACGUGUUAGUCGUGUUAAAGGAUACCAAUUCAAAAUCAAAUUCGACAAACAACGGGACACCGGAAAAUGACGAGUACGAGGACAGCGGAGAGGUUGCUCUGACAGCGCUGCCGCUGUUCUGCAUUGGAUCGUUUCUAAUCGUCGUUAUAUUCUUGUCGAUCGCCGGCAACGUGCUGGUGUGCAUGGCCAUCUACACCGACAGGGGAUUGCGAAGGAUCGGCAACCUGUUCCUGGCCUCGCUGGCGAUCGCCGACCUAUUUGUCGGAGCGUUGGUCAUGACUUUCGCACUGGUAAACGACCUGCAGGGCUACUGGAUGUUCGGCGCCAAGUUCUGUGACAUUUGGACUGCUAUAGACGUGAUGUGCUCCACCGCAUCCAUUCUCAACCUAUGCGCCAUAUCACUCGACAGAUACAUUCACAUCAAAGACCCACUGAGGUACACGACGUACUUGAACCGGAGGAACGCGCUGCUCGGCAUCGCUGGCGUCUGGGCGCUGGCCGCGUUCGUGUCCGUGGUGCCCAUCUGCAUACUGAGCAUACACCGGCCGCCGAAGCCGGUGGUGUUCCACGCGGGCGACACCGAGUACAUGAGGUGCGCGCUGGACCUGACGCCCGAGUACGCCAUCAUCUCGUCGUGCAUCAGCUUCUACAUACCGUGCGUGGUGAUGAUCGGCAUCUACUGCCGGCUGUACCGGUACGCGCAGAAACACGUGCAGAGCAUCCGGGCGGUGACGCGGCCGCUGACCACGACGACGACCACGGCGGCCGCGUCGUCGGCCACGCUGACGGCCGUGCACCACCACACGUCGCCGUACCACGUGAGCGACCACAAGGCGGCCAUCACGGUGGGCGUGAUCAUGGGCACGUUCCUGCUGUGCUGGGUGCCGUUCUUCUGCGUCAACAUCAUCGCGGCGUUCUGCAAGACGUGCAUACCCGAGGCCGCGUUCAAGGUGCUCACGUGGCUCGGCUACUCCAACUCGGCGUUCAACCCGAUCAUCUACUCGAUAUUCAACACCGAGUUCCGGGACGCGUUCCGCCGCAUACUCACCACCCACUAUCCGGACUGGUGCUUUUGCAAGGGUUACCGGACCGUGGUGCUCAGCUCGGACGCGUCGUUCCGGCACAACCAGCGGCGGAAGCCGACCGGCGGCGGUGGCGGCUGCGAUUUCGUGUCGUCCGCCUCGGCCACGGCCGUGGUCGCCGCGUCCACGGUCGUCAAGCACAACGGCAAGGCGGCCGCCGCGACGGCGUCCGCGCAGCAGCCGGGGUGCGGCGGCGCGGGCGUGCCGCCAAUCACGAGCCCGAGAUCGUCGGUGGCGUCGCUGCGCCAGUCGCGGCUCAACUCGUCCGAAAAGAUCAUCAUCGAAGCCGACGAGGAGAUCUGACCGCCCCGCGGUGGCCGGCUUCCGCGCGACGACAUGCCUCGUUUCACCGUCGAGUAUCUCGUCUGAACGCGACAACUGUUGUACGGAAUCGCACGCGACGUGUUGUACAAUAUUAUUAUUCGGUUGUAAUAUUAUUAUUAUUAUUAUUAUGUAAUAAUCUAUGACGUUAUAUUAUUCGUCCAUAAAUCAUUAUAUUUAUAUGCAAAUAAUAUACCCCGAUCCAUCGUCCCGCUGUCCGGCAGUCUACCCGCUAGGGCUGUACCGCAAACAGAACAGGAAUCGUUUUUGAAAGUCACCCUUAAAGUACGUUUUCUCUGCAGCGCCAAACGGUGGAACAGCACGGCUACUAUGUCAGGACCGAUGACAGUUGACGCUGGACGCCAGACGCUGCGCGGGGAAAACGUACCCAGGAAAACCGGAACCUGUGAUUUGUUGCGGCGGCCAUAAUGUAUAGGCGUUGCAUUAUCCGGAUCGAAAUGAUACGGUUUUCAUUGUUUCUUUUGAUCAUUAUUUUUUUUUUUACUGGUUAUAAUCGGUAUACAAUAGGUUCUAGACGAAAUUUUCAUUUUUCCCAGAACCGUACCGAAACAAAAAAAAAUAUAUAAAAAAGCCGAUCUCCCCACUCCACGCAUUUCCUGUCAGCGAUUCUCACACCGUUCAUUGCCACCAGGGCCGGCUCAAGGGGUAGUUGACGUGAGCCCACGUCCAGGACGGCAUUUUGAAAACAGUGAUAAUGAUAUUAUUUUGGGUGUGGCAAAAUUUGAUUUUGCCUAGUCCAUUAUUUCCAUUAUUUUUAGCCGGCCCCGAUGAUAAUCAUUUAACUCACAAUAUAGUUUAAUAUUAAAGUGUCCUACAGUUGAAAACCAAAAAUUCACUGCUUAAAUUAAUAUCAAAAGUUAUUUAUGAUUUCAGGAGUUAACAACUUUUCGUUCGGAUUUCCAAAGAAAGAGUUUAAAACCAAAGCCAUCGAAAUUGAUAUUUAUAAUAUUUGUAGAUAUAUAUAUAUAUAUUUAUAUUAUAUAUAGAUACAAGGACCGGAUGUUGAUCAAUCUUUCAUCUUUUUUAUUUGAACGUUAUAGACGAUGCUUCCUAAUCAAAAAUAUAAAAUACAAAUCAAAGUAACAAAUUUUUGUUUUGCCAUUUUCCACAUUUCAAGAUCGGCUUUCGUAAUUUCCUAUACAGCUCAUUUUCAACAAUUUUCACCAAGAGAAAAAUCAUGAGUUUAUGAAACGCUGUACAAAUAUAAUACCUCGUGGAAGUAAAUAAAAGAAAAACUGUUUGUCUCUUUCACUCAACUAGCGCAGUGGUAGGUACGUAGUUGUACAAUAAUCUUUUAUUCUCAUACACAUUUAGGUACUGCCAUUAAAAAUCAAACAGAUUGACUUUGCUAUUGGAUAUCAUAAAAUUAUCAUCAAUAAUUUAAAUUUGAGAUAGUUCCCUAAUCAUUUUUCACUUGCGCUGUGCGAUGUUAACCGCGAUGACAAGACCUGAUCAUUACAAUUUUGUUGCAAUAAAUUCUAUAAAUUUUAUAAUGUAAUGUCUAUUUUUGAGAAUUUUAGAAUUGUCUUAAUUUAUUUUCAUAGGGUCUUAAAGUAUCUACAUCCGGGCCCUAACUAUUACUGUUGUUAUAAUAAUAAUAAAAAUGUAAUCAAGAAUACCUUUUUUUCAGUUAACCAUCACACUAGAUGUAUAUGACGCCUUAACAUCGUGUUAUUGUUUAUCCGAUACAUCCGAACGCCGGAUAUUAUUUUUACACCCAAUCGGUCGGUACGGUUCCUCCACAAAAAAAAAAACACUUUGUCUUAAAAUAUUUUUUUUUAUCUUCUGCCACUUGGACACAUUGGAUGUAUGAGAGUUGGUACGUUUGGAACGCGUGUUUUUAUGCGGACAUGGAAUGGUCGUCAAAAACCCGAGCGGUCCCCCAUCCGAUAGCUAGCAACGCCAGACGAUGCUUGACUGGACCCAACAUUGUAGUGCGACUGGGGCCAAUUACCGGGUCCCCUCAUAAUAAUAAUACAAUUGUUACAGAGGCUGCUGUCGUUUUUGCCACGGUCGACUGGCGAACCACAUUUACUAUACCUAAACCAGGCACCCCACAUCAAAUUUUGGGCCUCUGUAUUAAAUGUUUUUGAGGGCCCUAUAAAAAAUGUUUAAUAAAAUACAAUCCAUUACCAGAAAUAGGGGUAUCCUAUAAAUAAUUUAUUAGUACCCGAAAUCAAUGAUUAACCCAAGGCUUAAAAUAAAAAAAAUUCUCAAUAUAUUAUUACAAUACCUAUGCGUUGAUAUUAUAAUCGUACAAUAUUAUAUUUGACAUAAACUAUAAGUAUUCCUGUUAAAAUUUUAAAAAUUACAAAUUUAUAUUUCAACGGGCCCAUGUAUUCCAGAUCCAACAGCUCCCCUCCUCCUUGUGGUGCUCUGCAGCCUACAACUGAUAUAAUAUUUAUAAUAUAUAAUAUAAUAAUUACAUAACAUUAUCUUAAAGGUUAAAUAUUUCACUACACGAAUUUAUAAUAAUAAUAUCUGCAGAUUAAAAUAGUACACUGUACGUGAAUAAAUAAUUCCUCUGUAUAUUUACACGCCAUUUCGGUCAUGACGAUUGUAUUCCGACUUUUCAAAAUCCAUAUCCAUCGGGUACGUCAUGUUUACACGACCCCAUAAGUUUAAGGUAUGAAUAAUAAUCUGUACUCUUUUUUUUAUUAUUAAUGUAUUAUAUAAGUAUAAAUUAAAAGUGCCAAAUUUUUUCUCGCAUUUUAAGUUGUUAACAUAAUAUUUUGUAUCAUAACUGUGUUUCUGCAAUGAGUAGUUCCUAUUUUAGUCGAGAUGCUCGUGCAUGUAAGGUACUUUACAUUUGAAUCUUUGGUCUUAUUAAAUAUAUAACAGUAUUGCCUUUUUUAUGGUUACAAUAAUAUGUCACUUGAGGGAGCAUCGGCUUGUAUCUUAUAAUGUUAUCCUAUUCAUUAAACAUUUUUAUAGAGAUCGAAGUUUAGGUAUAGGUAAUAAGCAAUCGUUUGUACGUGUAAAAUAUUGUAAAAAAAAAAAAUAGGUGUUACAUAUUUUGAUAGGUAGUGCAAGCGAUCGGCUUUUCGUAUCAUGUAAAAAACAACUGCUCAAUUACGUUAUCCGAAAUUCCAUCAGGAAAAUGAAAUUAAAAAACGAAUCUAAAAAAAUUAAAUCAAAAAUCAUUGUUCUUUUAACUAUGUUCACUUCGAAAAAAAAAUAUAAUAGGGAUUCAACCUAGACUUCUAGAUUGAACUGAGAAUGUUGCACAUCUAAGAAAAACCGACUUACGGUUGACUGUUUGGUUCACCCGUAUAAAACAUGAUAUAAAACUAUUAAAAUAAACUUAUAAUAUAUAUAUACGAACCCUAUUAUUCGGUAUAUAAUUUAUUCCUGUAUAAAAAACAAUUAAACGGUUCGAAAAUAAAGUGAACCAAGACAACUAAAAUCAAAACAUUAAGCAUCAGCCACCCAAACAGACCCUUAUUUGGUUAGGACCGGCAUGCCGUGAUAAACACACCGGCACAUCGCCUUUUACUUUGUGGGGUACUUGAUGACGAAGAGUUACUUAAAAUAAUGCCUGUAAGUACCUACCAAGUAUUAAACGUUGUUAUGAUAAUAUGCCUAAAAUAUUAAAUUUAAAUAGAAAAGCAAAGUGCGAUAUUAUAAUAUAACAAUAACGUUAUUACAUUGAUAUUAUAUCGUUGGGGUGUCUCUAUCCGUCUUAACCACUUGCUAUAAAAAAUAUUCAAAUACACAUUAAAUACGUAUUGAUUUCGAACAAAUUUAGUUUUUUUAGUCAGUUAUACACACCUAAGCGCACUUGCUGCAGAAAAAACCAUCAAAAUAUGUCCUCCAGGUGAAAUUGACCUUCAGAUAUGUUCAACUGUGGAUGUUCAACGUUAAUAAUAUCAUUUAAAAUACGCAUCAAUACCUAUCAAACAGUUAUAAUAUUAUAUUUUAGUUUAAACCGUAUUGUAUUCAUAUCUGUAAUUAUAAUAUUAUAGGAAAGCAAACGCGUUUAAAUAAUCCGUUUUUUUAUAUUCAAAUGUUUUUUUCAAAAAAAUCAAUCUGGUCAUUGGUAUCCCAUUGGUAGGACACGUGGUUUGUAAUGCAAUGGGCUUGAACGUCAAACACUCGAUUUUUAAAGAAUUUGUUUUGUACCCAAGAUAGUGAAUAAUGUAUAAAAAAGGGUUUCAAUCGGGGGAAAAACCUAAAAUUCCACUGCAGUCAUAUUUAUAAACGUUUGCUUAUUAGAAACCGAAUUUACACUAUAACAAGAAGAUAACUUGGUCGGUGCAAUAUCGUUUUUCUUUUUUUGAUAUUAGUUUUAUGACGUAUUUUAUGGAUAAAGUAUUGUCUUCUCUUACUUGUGAAAAUAUGGUUUCUCUUAUACCUACCAUUGUAGCCCACGAGAAACAUUUUUUAACAUACAAAUGUAGGACUUGUAUAGCCACUUAUCGAUGACUGUACCUCUACCGACUUACCUGUUGGAAUUUAAAACUAUAUACGCACUAGUAUUAUUCUUAGUUUAGUCUCAAGUUAUUUUAAGAUCGUUUAUAAAACAAUAUUAAGUUUUUACAUUCUUUAUAAAUCCCAUCCAUUAUGUGAUAUGUAGGUACCUAUACCAACGGUUUUAUGAUAUUGAUUGCUGUGUUAUUAAAUUAUUAUUUAAAUGUGUUGAUAAAAUAUUAUUUUAUUUAUACCUACCUACCUAUUUUUUCUUAUCAGCAUAAUUGUUGUUAUUGUUAUUGUUGUUGUUGUUGUUGUUUUAAACGCCAUCGUCAAAAUGUUCUCAUUUGUACUAUUAUAAUAUUAUAUGAUUUAAUGUUGUAAUAUUAAUCUACUUAUACAUCUGUGUUACGUUAAUAUAAUAAAUCUCGUAUAAAG